AUGGACGACUUCGCUGGUAAAACCUACUGUCAGCCAACUAUCUACAGCCUCGGCCGCGUCUAUCCUGUUUCUAUCCCUAAUACCAAGUCUAUGACUUCCCAUGCCCUUGUCUCUUGUGUGCAAACCCACAAAUGUUGUGGUAUUGCUUGCUUUUGUGGGUUGGCACACAAGAGACUAGAGCAGGGGACGUCUGGCAAUGUACCACGUCUACGGUCCGAGUUUGGAAAUGAUCAUGCAAACAAUGGACUCCGGAUUAGCUCCCUGACUACCAUACUAACAGACAUUGCUCAUUGGCAUCGUCUUCACUUGAUUGCCGAAAAUCCCCGCCUACCUUUUUCUCAUCGCGAUCCCUGUUCCUCUGGUUAG